AGGCACACCUGAGCUUUUGCUGUGAGGAAGGUUUCCUGGAGGGACGUAUUCAUCAAACACAUCAUCAUCCAAGUUGUGCAAAGGAGGAGCCAAAGAAUGUGAUCAAUGGCGAAGCUGCAGGUGCACAGAUCUAUAAAAGACCAUCAGAAUCUGAAUGUCCCUCACACAGGUAUCUGGUUACAUACAGAUUGUGGUGCUAAGAUGAAGGCCAUCCAGGUGAUUUCCUUGACUCUGCUGUGCGUUCUCGCAGCCAAUGCUCAGCUCUUGAAGUUCGGCAAAUGUCCCAAACUCGAUGUUCAGGCCAACUUUGAUGCCACCAGGUACAUCGGUAGAUGGUAUGAGAUCAAGAAGCUGCCAACAGCCUUCCAGAAAGGUGAGUGCGGCACUGCCACCUACAGCCUGAAGAGUCCCGGAGUCAUUGGCGUCCUCAACAGGGAGCUGCUUGACGAUGGAACCACUAAUUCUAUUGUUGGCUCUGCCAAGGCCAAGGACCCUGCUGAGCCUGCCAAGCUGGAGGUCUCCUUCUUUGAAACAUCUCCCCCUGGUCCCUACUGGGUGCUUUCUUCCGACUACGAGGGUCACUCUCUGGUCUACGGCUGCACAGACUUCGGCCUGUUCCGCAUGGAGUUUGCCUGGAUCCUGAGCAGAGAGCCUACACUGUCUGAGGAGACCACCGAGCAGUUGCACGGCAUCCUGUCCGCCGCUGGAGUCAAUGUAAACAAGCUGGUCGCCACUAUCCAGGAUCCCACAUACUGCAGUGCAAUGACCCAGUAAACAGAAAUACUCCUGACUCAGCCGACAGGCCUGUGAGACACAGGACGACUUGUUGGAUUAAAGAUAUGACACACUACUGUAUGCAGUAUCUGGAAUGUCUGACCCUGUCGAUGUUACGCAACGUUAAUGCAAUAAACCUGUAGAAACAAGUGCA